AUGUCAAAGUUAUCAGCAUUAGCCAAACUAAGGAGUCAGAAGAAGUCUAAUGAAGGAAAUAAGAGUGUGGAUAUAUUGAAUCGACUUACAGGGGACUCUCCCACACCUAUUAGUCGUGAAAGUAUACCGAGAAAGUUGAUUAUAAAAGAAAAUAAACCUGAACCUGAAAUUAAUGAAGUUAAGGAAAUACCGACAAAACUGAUACCCAAUGAUACCCCUAAAAGGAAAUUGGACAUUGAUUAUAGUUUAUCUGUAGAUACUUCACUCAUGGUAGAAGCCAAAGUUUACCAUGAGACGCAAAAACGUCAUAAAAUCAACCCUUCAUUAUAUAGACUCAUUACUAACGAACUAGAUAUUGAAACCGUUAAGAAAAAUUUCAGUAAAGAAAGUCCUGAUGAUAAGAUAGAGAAUGCACAAAAACAAGCUUUCAAUCAAAAUUUCAAAAAUCUUACUGUUGAUGAAAAGCCUAAAGAAGUUAAAGUUAAAGAUCAAAAAAAAAUUGAUACUUCCAAAAUAUCCAAAAUCUAUAGUAAACCCCAUAAAUCAUUUGUUGUUAUAGGUCAUGUGGAUGCUGGAAAAUCCACUUUAAUGGGUCGUAUACUUUUAGAUUUAGGUAUUGUGGAUAUCAAGACAUUGAAUAAAUUAAUCAAAGAAAGUGAAAGUAUUGGUAAAGGCUCUUUUGCAUUAGCUUGGGUAAUGGAUCAAACAUCAGAAGAAAGAGCUCGUGGUGUUACUAUUGAUAUUGUUUCAACUAAUUUCGAAACUUCCAAAACAAGAUUCACUGCUAUUGAUGCUCCCGGUCAUAAAGAUUUUGUACCUCAAAUGAUUAAUGGUGUUUGUCAAUCUGAUUUUGCUCUUUUAAUUGUUGAUUCCAUUACUGGAGAAUUCGAAAGUGGAUUCAAUUCCAGUGGUCAAACUAAAGAACAUACCAUUAUAGCACGUAAUUCAGGUGUGGAAAAAUUAUGUGUUGUUGUCAAUAAGUUAGAUAAAGAGAAUUGGAGUGAACAUCGUUUUGAAUUUAUUGUGGAUACCAUGAAAGAUUAUUUGAUUAAUGAAAUUGGUUAUGAAGAAUCUCAAAUAGAUUUCAUUCCUCUUUCAGGGUUAAGUGGUAAUAAUGUUAUUAAAAGAGAAUCAAUUGAUGAUUUCAAUUGGUAUAAAGGUCCUUCAUUGAUUGAAUAUUUAGAAGAUAUUGAAAUUUCAACUUCAACUACUGAUGAAAUUACUAAAGAACCUUUCAAUUUAGUUAUUAAUGAUAUUAUCGAAGCCACUAAUGAAGUUCAAAUUAUUGGUAAGAUAAUAUCAGGUUCAAUAAGUAAUGGUGAUGCCAUUAAGAUUUUACCUUUGGAUCAAACUUUAAAAAUCACCAAGUUGAAAAAUGAUGGUAAGACAGUAGAAUUCGGUAUCAAAGGAGAAAUUGUAGAAUUAUCAGUAAACAAAAAACAACUUGAGAAUUUGGAUGAUGUUGUUAUAGGUGAUAUUAUUACUAAUUCCACUAAAGUUGAAACUGUUGAAACAUUUGAAUGUGAAUUGUCAUUAUUCAAUCUUACUAAACCUUUGUUGAUUGGAACACCUUUUAUUCUUUUUCGUUCAAAUUUCAAUUUACCUUGUAAAUUAACCAAAAUUGUAUCAACCAAUGGUCGUAAAAGGAAACAUUUGAUUUCAAAUCAACAAGCAGUUGUACAAAUCACUAUUGAUAGUAACAGAUUAUUACCAUUAUGUAAAUUCGAUGAUGAUCCAAUUUUAGGUAAAGUGGUUAUUCGUAAAGAAGGUACUACUAUUGGUGCUGGAAAAAUAACUAAAUUAUCUGAUGCUUGA